CUCCAUUUCGCUUGUAUUUAUUUUCUGUUAAUUCUGUCUUAUUUGGUUAAUGUUUUUGUGUUCAUGAUGGAUAUCUGUUUUGCAGGUUUAUGGUAUCUUGUUGGCAUUAUAGCAAUCUCCUAUWUAGAGCCUAUAUUGCAACCGUAUGCUGAAACGCUUGGAAUAAAUUCUACUGGCGUUGGCUUGCUUUUCCUUGCUACUUCUGGUGCAUAUUUAAUAUGCACUCCCAUUAUCGGCUACGUUCUUGAUAGAAAGCCUUUGAGAAGAACGUUCAUAAUAUUUGGUGCAUUUGGAAUUUCUAUCUGUUUGAUGUUUUUUGGACCAGCGCCUUUUUUGUCGUCGUUCAUUCCGAGGAAAGUUUGGAUGUUGACUUUAUCUCUAGCUGUAAGUGGUGCCGCUUUCUCGUUUGGUUUGGUUCCUGUUUUACCUGAACUGCUUAAGUGUUGUUAUGAACGAGGGUUCCCAAAAGACAUCUUAACAGAUUCUCUAAUAUCUGGUAUUUAUACCGGGGUCGCUAAUCUAGGAGCAUUUUUUGGUCCAGCUGUCGGUGGUAUAUUGACUGGUGCUGUUGGUUUUCCAUGGACUUCUACAAUAAUGGGAUUUGCUGUGUUGUUUAAGGCUCUUCUACUUUUGAUAUUCUUCAUCUUUACUAGGCGCAAUAAUUCCGAUCACAAUACACKUCACCGUGACGGCCGACUUCAAUAUUCAGAAAGCUUUGAAACGUUGAACGUGUCAUAUCGCAGCUCAGCGACAGUCAGCCUUGGACAUUUAUCUCAACGGUCAGAUUCACUUUUAUAGUGAAUGUGUGCAUACCACUACUCAUGACACAGUGCAGCAAUCUCAUCUGAUACCAGCARAAACUCACCAGGGGAAAGAAACGUGUAAGCACYGAUCGUUCUCGGCGCUCGUUCUUUAUAUGAUACAAACAUCUCGUGAAAAAAAUCGCACGGGAUUCCAUGAAGUAACCUAUAUAUUAAGGUACGGUAAUACGAGCAACAAAAACGUCCAACUUGUCUCGCAACAUUGAUGCAAAACGAGUUGGAAAGCGAUGUUGCUCBUUUUUCUACGCGCGUACCAACUUGUCUCGCGUCAAAAUGGCUUGUUGCAAGUUGAAAAAGUUUGUUGCAGAAAGUAGAAGAUGGUUGUACUUUUUGCAACAAAACUUGUAGAUGUUGCUCGUAUUACCACAGCAACCCAACUUGUCUCGCAGCAAAAUGACGUUUAGCGCGCGCAAGCCAACAUCAGGUGAUGUUUUUAGCCAAUAAGAAAUCUAAACUAAUUCAACUUGCAACAAAUUGUUUUGCUGCGAGACAAGUUGGUUCGCUGGUAGUAAAACGCGCAGCAUCGCUUUUAAACUUGUUUUUCAGCAAUGUUGCGAGACAAGUUGGACGUUUUUGUUGCUCGUAUUA